AUGUCAUCGGACCUUGAUCCCGGAUGGGAGAAACGAAGACGAGAAAAAUUCCCAGUCGUUCUGAAUGAGAGUGAUUUGACAUCUUUGCCUGGCGUUACAUACCUAUCCGAUCUCCUGAUCCCGAUCGAUGUAAAACGCCAAACUGGAUUCAGUGAUAAUGACCUCCCCCCACCUUUCAAGAUUGCGAAAUCUUAUGCUCAUGUACCACACGAGCUUCUGGCACCGGACGGAUACCCAAGUACUGGGAAUUGGCUUCUUCCAGCUUGCCAAUUCGCUGUACUCGGCCCUGAUAAGAUUUCAGGCAAAGGAAGACUAGUGCAGAGGGCUUUGGAUUACUAUUGCCAGCAGGGUUACGAAAAUGUACCAGAGCCUCUACCACGCUCGGUAAAGACGCAUGCGAAAGAAACGCGCAAUUCUGUGAAGGCUGCGCUAUUUGCGGCUGCCAAGCAGGCCGAUCAGUCCGCUGACUCAGUAAAGAGAACAUUCGAUCGAAAGUUGACCAGGUUUAACGACCCGAUUCUACCGUUUGAAAACCUAGAAAGGACCAUGGAGAUCAUAUCAAAUCUUUACACAAUCGUCACCCAUGGAUCAGGACAAUUUGUUGAUCGGCAAUCCAAGAAACUUAUCUGCACUUUUUCUUAUGAGGACCUUGAGUGUGUUACAACUGAGCAACGUGAUGCACACCAAAAGGAUGUAACUACGAUUUUAAUGGCUACCAAGCUUUUCAGGAGAUUACCCCUUCCUCCUAAAGUAACUACCUCUGAGGCUCCUGCCCCAAAUUCCCAUGGCCAGGUGAUUUUGAAGAUACCAAUAUUACGACCACCGAUUAAUCAAGAAUCCCUCAAUAAUGUAUCGCGGCCUCUAAUGGAUGAAACCCCGCCCCGGUGCUUAAUUCCUGGUGAAAAGGAAUCGCUAUCCCCUCAAACACCUUUGGGAUCUUCUCCCCUAUCUUCCCUCUCGUCUUCUGAUUCCGAGGAUACCGAAAUGGAUGAAGUUAUGAACAACUCUCUUUCCAACAUGACACCUGCUGAGGAUAUAAAUUCAUCGCCUCUCUCCUCUCUGGAUUCGUCACCUCUCUCUUCACUCCCACCUUCGGACUCCGAGGAUACUGAUAUGGAGGAUUUGGUUCUGGACUUACCUGAAGACCGUACUAUACAUCUCAAUGAGCCAUCAACUGUUAAGACUAAGAAAGGAAGGACUACAAACGGAGCUCUCAUAGCAGGCCGAAUGUACUGCUUCGGGCAAACUUUUCUGCGACCAAGGAUUCAAUAUCGUGCACGAGGAGCUGAUUAA